ACUGGUCCGGUGCCAGACGGGGUCAGGGUCCGGGCGGGAUCCGCGUCCGGGUCCUGGGGGGCCGGCCUGGGCCAGGGUCUGGCUCGUUGCUUGGGCUGCGGGUGCUGGCUCGGGCCGGGCCUGGGCCCCAGUCCAGCCCCGGGGCAGGUCCAUUCCGGCACCGGAGCGGGCCGGGGAGGCAGAUGGGGAGGGUUCUCGGUCUGGGAAGGGGCUCGGAGGACCACGUGGGGGCGCUCGAAGGGGCUCGGGCCACCCUCCGCUCUGGGUCAAAGGUCGCCGCACCGGCUGGGGCAGACUUCUUCCUCUUCGGUUCUCCCCGUUUACUUCCUGAUAACCUGAUAGAGGUCCCCCGCGGGCGGAGGGGGAGGGGAGGCGAGCAACUUGAGGCAACUUCCCAGAGGUGACCAGCGCCAUGUCCAGCCAGGUGGUGGGCAUUGAGCCUCUCUACAUCAAGGCAGAGCCAGCCAGCCCCGACAGUCCAAAGGGUUCCUCGGAGACUGAGCCCGAGCCCCCCGUGACCCUGGCCCCUGGGCCAGCCCCUGCCCGCUGCCUCCCAGGCCACAAGGAGGAGGAGGAUGGGGAGGGGGCUGGGCCUGGCGAGCAGGGUGGGGGCAAGCUGGUGCUCAGCUCCCUCCCCAAGCGCCUGUGCCUGGUGUGCGGGGAUGUGGCCUCCGGCUACCACUACGGCGUGGCGUCCUGCGAGGCCUGCAAAGCCUUCUUCAAGAGGACCAUCCAGGGAAGCAUCGAGUACAGCUGUCCGGCCUCCAACGAGUGUGAGAUCACCAAGCGGAGACGCAAGGCCUGUCAGGCCUGCCGCUUCACCAAGUGCCUGCGGGUGGGCAUGCUCAAGGAAGGAGUGCGCCUGGACCGCGUCCGGGGCGGGCGACAGAAGUACAAGCGGCGACCAGAGGUGGACCCCCUGCCCUUCCCCGGCCCCUUCCCCGCCGGCCCCCUGGCUGUAGCUGGAGGCCCCCGGAAGACAGCCCCAGUGAACGCGCUCGUGUCUCACCUGCUGGUGGUUGAGCCCGAGAAGUUGUAUGCCAUGCCCGACCCGGCGGGCCCUGACGGACACCUCCCGGCCGUGGCGACCCUCUGCGACCUCUUUGACCGGGAGAUCGUGGUCACCAUCAGCUGGGCCAAGAGCAUCCCAGGCUUCUCGUCGCUGUCGCUGUCGGAUCAGAUGUCCGUGCUGCAGAGUGUGUGGAUGGAGGUCCUGGUGCUGGGCGUGGCCCAGCGCUCGCUGCCACUGCAGGACGAGCUCGCUUUCGCAGAGGACCUGGUCCUGGACGAGGAGGGGGCGCGGGCAGCAGGCCUGGGGGAGCUGGGAGCCGCCCUGCUGCAGCUGGUCAGGCGGCUGCAGGCGCUGCGGCUGGAGCGAGAGGAGUACGUCCUGCUGAAGGCCCUGGCUCUCGCCAACUCAGACUCUGUCCACAUCGAGGACGCCGAGGCCGUGGAGCAGCUCCGAGAAGCCCUGCACGAGGCCCUGCUGGAGUACGAAGCCGGCCGGGCUGGCCCGGGAGGGGGCGCCGAGCGGCGGCGGGCCGGCAGGCUGCUGCUCACGCUCCCGCUCCUCCGCCAGACCGCGGGCAAAGUGCUGGCCCACUUCUACGGGGUGAAGCUGGAGGGCAAGGUGCCCAUGCACAAGCUGUUCCUGGAGAUGCUCGAGGCCAUGAUGGACUGAGGCCAGGGGCGGCACGGCGGGCGCUGGCGGGACCUGCCGGCACGGGGUCGGCCCCGAGGGGCAGAGCUGGGGUCUGGGCAGUGCCGCAGCCUGCUGGCAGGGCCGGGGCAAUGCCACCAGCCCCUGGGAGCAGGCCCCACGCCCUCCCCUCCCCCUCCGAGGGGGUGUCGCAAGCUGGGAACGUGUGCGCCCAGGCUUUGGGCAGUGCUGCCCUUGCAAGCCAUAAUGAGCCCCCAGAGCCGAGGGGCCUUGCGGAAGCCAUAGGGGGCCGCGGGGGCCGCGGGGAGGCAGAUGCUGACCUCAGGGAGGGAAGGGCAUGGAGGCCACAGGCUCCCGGCGGGUGACGCUUCUGCUGCUGCUUAGUCCACCCUCUCCUGAGCAGAGGGGCCCGCGGAGAGCGAAGGCCCUGCCCCCUCGCUCCUCUCCUCCUCAUCUGCAUUGGGCCUUCGUGCCCCCCUUGAAGCAAUAACUCCAAGCAGGCUCCAGCCCCUGGACCCCUGGGGUGGCCAGGCCCCCCUCCCCCCAGCUCCUGCGCCUCCUCAGGGGGCAGGGACAGCACCGCCUCUGUGCCCUGCAGAGCAAUAACACUAUAUUUAUUUUUGGGUUUGGCCAGGGAGGCGCAGGGACCUGGGGCAGGCCGGGGCCCAGAGCCCGCGGCUGUACAGAGACUCUAUUUUAAUGUAUAUUUGCUGCAAAGAGAAACCGCUUUUGGUUUUGAACCUUUAAUGAGAAAAAAAUAUAUAUAUACUACGGAGCGCAAA